AUGCAACGUCAACUACCCGUUCGUCGCAAAGAAAUCGUCUACCGGCGGACUUAUGUCGACCAUGUGAAUUACUUCGCUGUUUUAGUAAAUCAACUUUUUUGUUGGCUCAGAAUGGGAUAAUGACAAUUUAAUUUAUUCUUUUUGCGGGUUUUUUGCCAAUCCUGUUGAGAAACUCAAUAAUUAUCAAAAAAUGCAGUUGUGAACGGGAUCUUAACCGACUAUUAUCUGUUGAGGUGAACAGCCGUUUUGACGAAGAUUUUGCAAAGCAUAAGCCGCUGUAUCGGGACUCGCAAACAUCUGGAGGCAAUUAUAUUGUCUUCAAAUGCAACCCCACUUCUUUGGUUUAGUCAAUUUCUCUGUAUAUUUUCAAGCUAAUUCUAGGAAGAUGUGAAGAGGCUCUGGCGAAAGACUGAUGAACUGACUUAUUUCGUCCGAAAGUUGGCGAAUGCGGCUGCUGAAAAGAAACCAGUAAGGCAAUAUUUGUUCGAUGGAUGUGUGUCGAUUCGUUUUCCUCAUUUUGUCAGGAAACUUUCCCUUUACAAAACGCCGGAGUUUUGCAGGAAUGGAAUGAUCAAACAAAAAAAAUUGACGAAAUAAGCGAUCGGCUGGCAAAACUCGAACAACAAAAACCUGGAGUAGUGAGAAUUCUGGUUCUCAUCAGGUUUCACCUUGAGUUUUCAGGGAACCUGCCAAGAAGUGAAAAAACCUGAUCAAGAACUGGAAAAUGAAGUUCAAAAUCCUGAUAUCAACCAAAAAGUGAGAAAUUUGAGCACUGACGAUAAUGAUCGAAACUUUCAAGAUGGACGACUUGUCGGCGAUCAUCAAAAAGUUGCAGUCAAAAGUUGAUGGGAUCAAUUCUCUUUCAGCCGACAGCAUCGACGAGAUUUUGGUUCAAAUGAGUAGUUAUUAUCAUUUUCGAUUGGUGUUCAGUGUGUGGUGAACGAUACUCGAUGUGACCUCGAAGAAAAAAUUAUCAACACGCGUAAGUUGGGAGAACAAAAGUGGUUCAGCAUGGAACAGAAGGUUUGCCAUUCGUCUAUUCCCUAUUUUUUUUUCAUUCAUUCAUUUCGAAAACUUACAUUGAACAUCUGAACUUUGUGUCUUCAAAUCAAAACUUUUUUUUAGCUGGACCUUCUACAGAAUCAGCAAGCUGGAGUUGCCCUUAAAAUGCAAGAACUUGUGAACCUUCUUUCGGCUCUUAGCGUUUCCAGCAGAUCACGGGAUGCUUCUCCUAAAAUAUUGUAUGCAUACUUUUUCUCCGUUUUCCAGUCUUCCGAUGAUUCAGCAGAUCAUCCCCAUCAUCUCUCUCUUCAUCAACUAUGGAAAGAGGAGACGCUCAAAUGGCUACCGCCGUUCAGGAGCCCAAAAAAGAAGAGCAGCUGAAAACACUGUCUUCUGAUGAAAUUUUAGAAAGAGUUUAUGAACUCAACAGCCUUCGAGACCCAGAACGUCAAGGUAUGCCAAACGAAAGACAAAGCAUUUAAGAAAUCGGUGUAGUUUUCAGAUUUUAACUCGGAAUCUUCUGAAAGUAUGAUCGCGCCUCUCGAUGUUGAAACGCGUCGUUUAUCUCAACCGGCUCUGUACCAAACUCGAACUCAUUUGUGA